CAUAUUGUCUACCAACAUUCACACACACAAAAACACAUAUAUGUGUUGUGCAUAUAUAUAUAUCAUAACUUGCUUGCUUAAGUUUGAUACACCACAAAACCCUACAACCACAGUAGUGUGAGAAAAAAGAAGAGGGUGCUCAAAAUGGAGUGGAAUAGCUGCAACCCUGUACCGUUUAUUCCUAGGCCGUCGCAAAGUUCUUUCGCCUUUCUUUAUAACUAUAACACUGAUCCAUACCUAUACCCUCCUGGAGUGGGUGGAGAGAUGAAGCAGGCAUCUUUACCAAUGAUGGAAGUGAACCAGUUUGAUUAUGAUGGCAACAAUCAGGAUAAGAAGAAAAGAUUGACAAGUGAGCAACUGGAGGCAUUGGAAAACAGUUUCCAGGAGGAGAUAAAACUGGACCCUGAUAGAAAGAUGAAGCUUGCACAUGAACUUGGGUUGCAGCCAAGACAAGUUGCGGUUUGGUUCCAGAACCGACGUGCUCGUUGGAAGGCUAAGCAGCUCGAGCGCUUGUAUGAUACACUUAAACAAGAGUUUGAAGCUGUCUUUAGAGAGAAGCAAAAACUUCAAGAUGAGGUGCUAGCAUUGAGAACCAUACUCAAAGAACAUGUCAUCAACAAACAAGCAGAAGUAUCAACAACAGGAUACACAGACAUGUCCGGGGAAGAGACCGUUGAAAGCACACCAAUGGCUGCCAUUCGCAGUUCCAGCAACCACUCUAACCGGGCCGUGGCUGCCGCUGACUGCAACUAUAUGCUCAACUAUGAUAGGGCUGCAAUGCACACUUCAUCUUAUUCCAACUGGGCUGGUCUUCCUUCUUAUCCAUGAAACCAUAGUUAGUUUACUUAUUUAGUUUUAGUUGUUACCAGCUUCAUUAGCUUAAGGAGUGUUAUUUAUGUAGUUAUUGGUCAGACUCAGUGAGUCGAGUCCAAACAUUAGGCCAGAUUUAAGUUAAGCGCUUCUACACUAACUGAUUGUAAAAUUCAGAUAAGUUUCUAGUUACGCUUUUGAACCACACUAUUCUAACAGAGGUGUGCUAAACGUACCUCUUUUUUUAACGACAAAUUUCUUUUA